AUGGCUCUCCUUCUGCUGUCUGCCUUCGGUCUACUGGGACAACAAGCCUCGGGGUUGACCUUUGACUUACCGUCGUCGCCACCGUCAACCGCAAGUGCACAACUAUCAGAUGCGCCGGUGGGAGUCUCUUUCGAAUUCUUCGCCUUCCCAGCCUACAUGAACGACGUGGCUUCGACCAACAAAUGUCUGCAGAACCUGAAAGAUGUGUCUGGGACUUGGCCGCCGAUCAGAAUCGGAGGCACCACUCAAGAUCGAGCAACGUACGAUGCUUCGUCCACAGAGGCAGUCACCUACACCGUCUCCGACCCGGCCGAUGCUCCCGACGCACUCACCUUCGGCCCACCCUUCAUCUCUCUCGCCGCGACAUACGAGGGGAAGGUGACGCUCGGCCUCAACCGCCGUCUCAACGACAUUGACAACACUAUCGCUGCCGCCAUCCUGGCCAAGAACAGUAUCACUAACCUACAAGCCAUUGAGCUGGGUAACGAGCCGACCUUCUACACCGAUGACGACCCUAUUGCUGACAGCGGCUCAUACACCGCUGACGCCGACUACGCCAGCCAAGUCGCAUGGCAGGACGCCGUCAGCGGUAACCUGUCCGCCACAGGUCUCAUCUCGGCGGGUGUCUAUUUUGGUACCGACCCCAUGAGUAUCGUCGGCUUGACGGGAGUCGAGGGCGACGCAAAUGACCUGGUCAAGGACUACUGCUCGCACAACUACCCACAGUCGCAGUCGACCGCGGACCUCGAGACGCUCAUGGGACACAGCGACAUUGCCAGCCAGAUCAGUGGGUUUGAAGAUGAGAUUUCCGCCGCCAAGGCAAAGGGGAAGCCGCAUAUCUUUGGAGAGACAAACUCUGCUACUCAAGGUGGUGGGGGCAUCAGUCCCACGUACGGUGCUGGCCUCUGGCUUCUAGACUACGUGAUGCAGGCGCUUGUUCUGGGAACUGAUUCUCUCUACUUCCACCACGGAACAAUAGGAAACUGCCAAUACUGCUGGUGGGGUCGUUACAGUAUGGGAGCACCUUACUACGGUGCGUACUUUGCCACGCUCGCCCUCGCCGGCGCAGAUCAGAUUGCCCCCCUAGACGGGCAGACGGACGGCUACGCCGCCUACGCCAUCUACAAGGGAGGAGCGCCCGUCAGGGUCCUCCUGUAUAAUUCGGACUACUAUACCACGGGCACGCGCUCCUCUCAGACAUUUGUCCUGUCCGGCCUGACCUCGGACAGCGUCACGGCCAAGCGCCUCACAGCUGCUUCCGCGACGUCGAGGGUCGACAAGGGCUCUAGUCCCACCGUCGCCGGCCAAACGUUUGCAGACGGCACCUGCGAGAUUCAAGGUGACGCCGUGAGCGAGACAGUCACUGUAUCUGCCGGUGAGGCUACGUUUACUCUGAGUGCGUCAGAGGCGCUGCUGGUCACUCUGUAG